CCGACUGUAACAAAAAUUUCCCAGUAGAAUCAGGUUUAUACAGCUUCCUAUAUUAUCUCUAAAUCUCAGCAAAUUAAACCAAAAAAAAAAAACAAUGGAGAAAAAAACCUCAAGAAAAAUCGAUCUUACGAAAAAACGAGAGAGCAAAGCAAAAAGAUCAGUCAGUUUCUCCAAACGCCGGCAAGGCCUUUUCAACAAAGCGGCGGAGUUAUACAUGCUCUGCGACGCUCAGCUCGCCGUUCUUGUUUCCUCACCGUGUUCUAAACCUAAUCGCAAAAUUUACUCCUUUGCCCAUCCUUCCGUUAAUGCCGUUCUUGAUUCUUUUCUUGACAAUCAAGUCCCUGAUACAAUUACCGUUCACGAUAAGAACCGCGCGCUGAAUCUUUGGAAUGAAAUUAAGGGUUUAGAGACUGAGAUUAGGGAAAUUAGUAGUAAGAAUUUAACUGGGGUUUGUUCAAUUUUUGAUUCUUUAGAAAAAUCGGAGUCGAUUCAAGAACUGAAAAAUGUUGUUGAUGGGUUGGAGAAAUUGAUCGUUAAAGCGAGGGAUAAAUCAGUAAUUUCUUCGAUGAAUUAUGGUUCUUGUAGUAAAAUUAAUGAUGCUUGUUUAACUAUAAAAACUGACAGUAACGAUGAUGAAUUUAUGGCGAUUCAAGACUACUCUGGUUUUGGGUAUGAUUUUGGUACCUGUAAUUCUCUUUCGAUUGCUGAUCAAGGGAAUAACUUUUUAUUGGAGCAGUCUGAUCCAAUUUCUUGCGUUAAUUACAGUGAAUUAAAGGGCAAACAGGUUAAUUACGACAUUACCCCCACAAAUUAUAAUUUUGGUGGAAAUAUCAAUAAUUGCUAUGAUUCUAAUUAUAGCAUAUUGGAUCAUGCUGCUGCAAAUCAUUGCUACAGUGAAUGUUCUUCAGACAUGGGUGCUCUUGAAGAAGCUAAUCAAGAUGUGAUUAGUAUUAAUGAGUUUAAGAAUUUGUUUAACUAUCUGUGGUCUUAGAGCUAAUUAGUACUGAUUAAGUAGAACGAUUAUGGAUUUUUGUUUUGCCUAGAUUAUAUGAAUGCAAUUUUGGGUAGUCAGCAUUCAUUAAUUUUUUAAUCAUAUGAUGCAAUUGUAAUUUUGUGAAUAUGUUAAUGAAU